CGCAGCUUCUGGCCAGUCAGAGAUUGGCUGGGAACCGCUCGAGGAGAGAAGCACACGUACACGUACACACACACGCACACACACACGCACACACACACACACACACAUAUAUAUAUAUGUAUAUAUACACACACGCACACACACACACGUACACGGAGCGCGCGCGGAGGAAGAGUCGCAACGCUCGAGCCGUCUAGGAAAGAAAAAAACAACAACAACAAACAAGCAGAAGGCAAGUGUAAAGCCAGGACUCGGAUGUAAGACGUGCUUGUAAGCUGAGCGGUGAAGAAGAAGAAGAAGAAGAAAACGGAGGAGUGCAUUUAAUCAUUUAAUUUUUUUUUUGGAAAUAAACUGCAUCUGCAUUACUGCUGCUGAGAUUUUUAUUUUUAUUUUUUUUAUAACUCAAUCUGCCAUAUAAACCUGGUGCUGCUAUCGAGACACUUCUGCGGAUCUUUUACGCGUUUGGAUUGUGGUUCCAUUGGUGUCUUUUCCUUUAAAAAAAAAAAAAAAAAAAAAAAAAGGGAUAUAUGACAUUUCUCUAGCUACUCUUCCUCCAUCUGCAUCUCCAUCACUCUCACUCCUACCACAGCAGGCUGCAGCUGGUGGUCCAGAAGCCCAGGCUGAUCCAGGUUGUGCACCAUGAGCCAGGCGGACGUGUCCACUUGCUCCGCGCCGCAGCGGGUUUUCCAGGAGGCGGUGCGCCGCGGCAACACCAAGGAGCUUCACUCUCUGCUGCAGAACAUGAGCAGCUGCGAGUUCAACGUCAACUCGUUUGGACCUGAAGGUCAGACUGCGCUGCACCAGUCGGUCAUCGAUGGAAACCUGGAGCUCGUCAAGCUGCUGGUGAAGUUCGGAGCGGACAUCCGGCUCGCCAACCGCGAGGGCUGGAGCGCGCUGCACAUCGCCGCGUUCGGGGGACAUCAGGACAUCGUGCUGUACCUCAUCACCAAGGCCAAGUACUCCAACGGAGCGCGGUGAUGCAUGCAUGCAUCUCUCUCUCUCUCUCUCUCUCUCUCUCUCUGUCUCUCUUUCACUUUCUUUCUGGUGGCCAAAACUUCAGAGACCUUCGCAUUUCAUUUUAUUCACCUCCUAAAACCAAAUUAGCUCUAGAGUUACUGAGGUUCAAAUGGAUAAAACAUCCUUUCACUAACUCCUGAGUGAUCUGACAUGCAUGUGCAUUGGUACUAAAGCUUUUUUUUUUUUUUUGAAAAUCGCCCUGAUUGUGUCAGAAACAUCAGAAAAGGACUUCUUCUUCUUUUUUCUUUUUUUUUUUUUUUUUUUUUUUUUUUUUGCUGGAUUGAUGGAUGACUGGUUGCUCCUCAAAGUUACUGAUUUUUGAAAUUUAAAAAUCUAAACACACACACGGAUGGCACUUGAGGUAUGCUGGAAAAAAGGGAUUUUUUUUUUUUAGGCUCUACACUGUUUCUGAGAACCUGAAAUGCCAUGUGGUUAUUAUUAUUAUAAUUAUUAUUAUUAUUUUUUUUUUUUGCAAUCAGUUAAAGCAUUUAAUUCUAAAAGAGUUUGAAUAAUAUUCAGAAAUUGAUCUAAAUAACAGCAAGUGGCGUAAAGUUUCAGUACUGUACACAAUAGCUUUACUUCUAAAUAAGAGUAGUCCAGUGCGUCCUGCAGUCACCUACAGCAGAUGCUAUAGAGGUGUGUGUGUGUGUGUGUGUGUGUGUUAAAAAAUAAAAGAAAAAAACUGCUGCUUUUCGCUUUUCACGUCAGGAAAGUUGCGUUUGGAGAAAACUUUAUCAUCUUCUCAGUAUUUUUUUUCUUCUCUUUAACAUCCUGGUCAUCACUGUGAAAUACAGGCUGGGGUUCUUAUUUAUGAAGGUACAUUGAUGAUGAUGAUGAUGAUGAUGAUGGUCAUGAUGAUGCAUGUAUGUUUUAUGUUAUGUUUUGGUUCUUUUUUGCAUUUUUUUUUUUUAUAUCAAGUCCGUGAUUAGGGUUUGGGGGAAGAUAAGCUGCUUUGCGUUUUCAUCACACGCUCUAAAAUGUGUGGAGAUUUUUUUUUUGUGGCAUUCUCUAUCCUCCUUUUCUUUCUUUCUUUUUUUUUUUUUUUUUAAAGUUGUAGUUCUCGUGCAUGCUUCCACACACCUGGGUGACGUCACGGUGACAUCAGUCCAGGUGUGUUGGAUCCUUUUAUCUCCUCAAAACCUUCACAACCUUCACACUUUCCCCCUGUUGUGUGUUAUGGAUCUCUGCAUCAGCUACCUCGACUUUAAAGUAUUCAACUUUUUUUUUUUUUUUUUUUUUUAAAGCCUAGUGAUCCGUCUCAUAACCCCAUCAUUUCCUUUUUUAAUGCCUGUUCUCCACAAUUUUAAUCUUCACUCGGGAUCAUUUCCCACAACCAAAAUUUAAUCCUCAUCGAAAUCAAAACCAUAGUGAUUCACACUAUUAUUAUUAUUAUUAUUAUUAUUAUUAUUAUUAUUAUUUGCAAGUCAGCCGAAAGCUCAGCUUUGUGUGUCGCUUGUUUGUUUGUUUAGUUGCAGAAAAAGUGGCCUGAUUUAUUAAAUGCAGGGAGAUUUUGUUGCACAUUAAAAUCACGGAGCCUUUAUUUUUUAUUUUAGUUUUUGUUUCUUUUUAAUUAUUAUUAUUAAUUUUUUAAUUUUAGUUUAUUUCACGCCCCCUCGUGCCUGCUCGGGUAACUGCAGGAUUUGAGGCUGCAAAGAGAGACAGAGAGAGAGAGAGAGAGAGAGAGAGAGAAAGAGAGAGAGAGAGAAUCACAAGUGACUACUGAGCACCACUCGACUCACAUACUGUUAAAGAAAGACUGUUGUGUGACUUAUUGCAGGGAUGAAAAAUCUUCAGAUUUAAGAAAAAAAGAAACUCACACAAGGACCAGACCUGCGUUUGUGUUUGAGUAUCAGCCUGAUGUGUUUCAAUGCUGCUUCCAUUGAUGUUUUUGUUGUUUUUCUUUUUUUAAAAGCCAACAGUGAGUGUAAGAGGAGGAAAUGUGCAGUUAUAGUGAUCUGUAUGAAACCUCCUGAAUGUGUGUGUGUGUGUGUGUGUGUGGGUGGAUAGGUGUGUGUGUGUAGGUGUGUAGGUGUGUGUGUGUGUUGCAUGCAUACCACUGUUGAACUGGUUCUUGCUUGUCUGGCCCCGUUGAUAAGCCCUGGUUAGACUUAAGAACGUUUCUUUAAGUAAAACUAAAUAAAUAAAUAAAAUAAAACCUGGAGUAGCGUAACAUCCGAGAGUCCGAGGCGAUCCGAAUAAAAGAUUAAAUAUGCAUUGCAUGUCUUAAACUUGAUAACUUUUUUACUUUUUCUUUUUUGAAAAAAAGUUGCACUGAUGACUGUUCACUCGUUGGCUUUGUGUCAACAUUUAAUUUUUUUCUAAAUAGAAAAAAAAAGGAACACGACAAAAAAGCUCCAGGUUGUUUUAUUGUCUGUUGUGUACUUGUGUCUAUAUAUAUAUAUAUAUACAUGUAUAUGUAUAGAAUUAUAUCAAUAAAUAAAAUCCAGGGCGCUUUCUUUUCCGAAGUGCUCUCCCGAUAUUAGGGGAAUAAAGAAUACAUGUGAUGGUAAGAUCAUUGUAAAAAAAAAAAAAAAAAAAAAAAAAAUGAACCAAUUGUUAAAAGUUGCACGGCGUUGUGGUUGUUUCCGCUCUGAUUUUUGUCAUAACAUUUAUGACAUAGGGAGCCGAAGCGACUCGUUUAGGUGUAAAUGAAUUGAAUUUGAAUGAGUAGAUUUUGUUUUCUUUCUUUUCUUUUUUUUUUUUUGUGGACCAAGUUGUUGUGUCUUGUGAACAAAUUUUGAGUGAUUUUAUUUUAUUCAUGUGUGUGUGUGUGUGUGUGUGUGUGUGUGUUGUUUGUUUUUUUGGACAUUUGUAACACUGUGAUUUGUCGUGUGCUCAGAUGACGGAGUGCUGUAAUAUGUUUUGUACGUUUGUGUACAAGCCAGUAAAGAAAAAAUGAUUAAACCUUUAAAAAAGGUGUGACUGUGA